GACAGGUGAUAGGUAGAGUCAGUAAGACCGGAUAGUGACGCACUCUCCACAAAGUAUAAGUAGAGUAUGCACGGGUGUUCUUACUGUACAUAGUACAUAGUAAAAUGUCGAGUCAUGUCCCUCUUAUUACCUCCCCUAUCCCAUGUGGUAGGAAAACCGUUGAACAAUUCGACGACAGCUUCCAGAAGCCGUCAUCCGGGAAAUGAGGCGUGAACAGUGGAGAGCAACGAGUCAUGUCAGCUGUCAUGACUCGAAUGUACCUGAAUCCGCGAGACUUAGUAUCCGGCGUGACGGAAGGCGACUCAGACACAACUGAGUCCUGGGGAGCCGACGCGUCGUUCAGGCGCACGGGGUAUUCUGUACCCUGUACUUUGCAGCUGCAGCGUGCGGUACGGAGUACUCAAGGGAAUAAUCCGACUGCAGCUGGAGUGGGUCAAAUUAUCAUCAUAGCCAUUGUUGGGUCUGAGACCUACACUGUACUUUGCACAUUGUACCUGUACAAGUACACUAUGAAGAAUGUCCCGUACUCCAACAAGGGUGCACCCGGAAUGUUGUUGACUGGGGAAGGAGAAUUUCCCGGAGAUCUCAGACGGGCGGCCGGAGCGAUCGAGGCCCACAUUCAGGGGUUUGAAAGGCAUGGCAGUACGACAGUAAUGAAGGCCAUUCAUGGGAGGGAGCAGGCUGGGACAGGCUGGGAAAUGAGGAGACUUAGUCUGUGCAAAUACUCCUUCGCACUGGGCACCAUGAUAGUCCAGAGAGACAAAGGCAAAAGUUAA